GAGCGCCCAGCGGACCGUUGACAGUCGCCUCUUUGGCGCCAUAAAGUUCUGAAAACAAACGAUUUGCACAGCGGGUGGAGCAGCGGAGACAUCUGGCUGAAGUGCUACAUUUCUGUGUGAGGAGGAAUGGUGCUCGACAGAAAUGAAAGAGGUUGCCAACAUGUUGUAAGGUCUGUAAACAUCUGCAGAAUGCAGGCCGUGUGAUUUCAGAGCAGGCACCAUGACGCCCGAGCGUGAGGGAGGGGAUGAGCGACGGCAGUCAGGCGGUUCGAUUUCCAGAUUGUUCAGAGCGCUGACUAGGAGGGGAUCCGCUGACGCUGUUUCAAAAAGGCUAUCCUUUUCUCCGUCAAAGGAUGAGGCUGCAUCAGAGAAAGAAGGGGCGCCUGCUGCGACCCUGCCAGCAGAAAACAGUUCCUUGUCAAGGCGGAAGCUUGAGGAGAGGUUUGAAACCGCAGCAUCCAACAACCAGCUAGGUCCAGAACUGAGCGCCUCAAGUCAGAGUACUGAGCCUGAGUUUUUGGAUUCGAAAGAAGAGCAAGAGCCGGAGCAGGGCGAUGAUCUGCCGGCUGCUCCUGGACCUGCUGAGGUCAUCCCUACAUCAGCCUCGCCAUCUGACUCCACUUUGCAGUCAGAGACGAGCCUUCAGAGCGUGAAACCUCAGAAGGUGGCAAAGGGCCGCGAAGUCAAGUCGCGCUUCCUCAACUCGCUCUUCAGCAACAAGUCCAAGACGGGUAGGGCAGGUUCGGUACCACGGAACCAGCCUUCGCUGGACUCCCGUCGAGAGCCCUCACUUGGCCCCCCAACCAAGAAGCAGGUAGACAAUAAGAAGAAGGUAGAGAGCUCUCCCAAAGGAGGAAAAGCUGCAAAGGGAGAGAAGGGGAGCUCUUCUCGGAGUCUUUCCUUGCUCCGUCAGCGGCCCAAAGAAGGGGCCACGUCAAAGGAAGCGGUGGUCGUUGUGAGUAAACAGAAGACGGCCGAAAAGGGGGUGAAAGGGAUAGCAGGAAAGCAAGCUGCUCAGAAGGUUGAGAAAGGAAACGCAGGGGAGAGAGUUGCGGAGAAAGGCAACGAGGAGAGCAAGGAAGCCAGCGGGAGGCGUGAUUCGAGCACUGAUGUCAGCGCUGACAUCAGUGCUGACGGCGGAUCCCGUCCGGCCGCGGAGAAGGGGCAGCCCCAUGCAGUGGAACUGGCUUCAGUUGACCAGGGGUCAGCUCUCGGAUCCUUGGAGGAUGGUGUCACCCCACAUGAGAAUGGGCACGUUUCAGAGCCGUUUGAGGCGUCAGACAGUUUCGGUGGGCCAGCGGCCGCGAUUCUCGAGGCAGUCCGCGAGCGGUUGAGUUUGAUACAGGUCGGAGGAGCAUCCGAGGCCCUCGACGCGUCCGAAACGGAUGAGGAGAUCAGGAGAGAGAGAGCCGGGUCCGGAGAGGGUGCGAGCACGCGCGCGGAAGCGGCAACAACUAGGCGUGCGAAGUCGUGGACCCGGGAGGAUGCAAAGAACUCGUGGUCCACGGGAAGCAGGCAGAUUCCGUCCAGAGACAGUCCCAAGGUGCGGAAGCAGUCGGAGUGGUUGGCGGCUCUGCGGGAGCAGAACGGCAAGCCGGGGGCAGCAACGGGGGCAGUUGCGGACCACGUGCAGAGGGUCCGAAAACCGUCCGAAUGGUUGGUGGCGCUGCGAGAGCGGGGAGGCGAUGUGGAGCUGAAAGCGGAAGACAGCGCGAGGAGUUUGGCCAGCGCAGGAGAGGGGUCGCAGAACGGAGAUGCGGAAGGGGAGGCGCCGAGCAGCGGGCGAUCGACGCCAGGGAAGAAGGCGCGGGGUGUCGUGGUGCCAUCGAGGGUCUGGCUGGACAGCAGUAAGAGCAAACCCUUGGCGAACGGUGUUGACGGAGCGACCGAUUCUGGGCUUAGGAGCAAAGCCGUAGCUGCGGUUAACCAGCCGGUUAGCCAGCCGGUUAGCCAGCCGGUUAGCCAGCCGGUUAGCCAGCCGGUUAGCAAGCCGGUUAGCAACGGCGCGCCAGCGAGGCAACGAGCGCCCUUCAGCAGCUUCGGAGAUGCCGGUCACUGGCUACCCUCCUCCCCUCACAAACCCCUCAAACCAACUCGGUCUGCGGCCGGUUCGUCAACAACUACGCCUGCCGAGUCGCGUGCUGCGACCCCCUCCCGACAGGAGACGGUAUCAGCUCCGGCCUCGCCGAAGCGCACUUCAUCUGCGUCUCGCCGGAAAAGCGGUGGGUCGGCCCCUGCCAGUCCAAAAAAGCUCUCGGAUUCCGCCAAGCCGCGGGGGAGUUCGAGAGGGAGAGUACGCCCUCUAGGGGGGCAACAGAGCGGGCAGGAAGACGGGGGUGGAAAGGUGGGGACGAGCCCGAGCAAGGGGGGGCUGAAGUCGGGCGCAGCGAAUGGGGUGCGGGCUGCACGGGUGCUGCACAACCGGUGGCUCCAGUGGUGCUUUGUCAACGCGAAGGCGCAAGCGGCGCUUGAGGCUCAGCAGAGAAAAGCAGAGGCGUCUUUACUCUCUGCUUGGCAAGCGACGGCCACCCUACGGACGUCAGUCGCCGCUCAGAAGGUGCAGCUGCACCGGGAGACGCACGGGCAGGCGCUGGACCAGCUUCUGGCGGGACAGACCCCCGGGUUGGAGCGGUGGGCGGUUCUGCAGCAGGAGCACACAUCCGCGUUAUCCGGGACCAUGGGCGCGCUCGAAGCCGCCAUGCUGCGGGUCCCGCUCACCAACGGCGCCUCGGUCGACCCGCAGCGGCUGCGCUCGGCCCUCACUGACGUCACGCGGGUCGUCAGCGCGGCAGAGCCGACGGUGCAGGAGAUCCUUCCGAAGGCGGCCAAAGCAGAUGCCCUGCUUAGCCAGCUGGCGGAGACUGCGGCCCAGGAGCGGGCCCUCCUAAAAGAAUGCCAGGAACUGCUCGCGCGCGCUGCAACGCUCGAGGUUGAAGAACGCAGUCUACGAGCACACCUCAUCCAACUAGGGAGGGAGCGAGAAGCUGGGAGAAGUGUGCCCGUCAUGGCAACGCCUCUUCGACAAGGUUUCCCUCAAUCACAACGACCAAGUUGAGCCGACGGGUUUUCAAAGCAGCAGAUUCCUGGUUUCGAAAUCAAGAUAAGAGGGUUGAUGCCGCUCUAAUUGUGCAACGCCCUUCACUAAUAUUGCCACAGAUGACUGAACAAGUCAAUGCUAACCAGUGCUUAAGUGUAUUUAUGCACGCGAUAAAAUCUGGCGGGUUAUCGAUCUUGCAGCUCUUUCCGCCAUAAUUCUGGAAAAGGCAUUUUGAAGGGCAAAGAACAUUGGUUCUUGUGGUUAUCGAAGACCAAGCAUUACUCGUGCGCAUUAUCUAUCGGCUG